UUAUUUAUCAAGAAAUCACACGUCAUUAUUUGUCUAUUUUUAAUAGGUAGACACUUAUUUACGUAGACAAAAAUAAAGAGAAAAAUAUGGCACGUAAGGGACAAGUUUCAAUACAAGAUACAGUAGAAAGUAAUGAGGAAUUCGAAGUGUAUCUCCAAGUGCACUUUAAUCAAUUGAUCUGUAUGGAGAUAUACUCCGAAUUUUGUGGCUACUGCCUCGCUACUGGCAAUGCGGUCAGGAAAGGAAAACUUGAGAUAGGACUAGAACGUAUAGCAAUGGUGAAGGCUCUAGCGGACAACAUAGAUGCUUUAUCUCGAUUCAAGUACAAGAGCGAACCAGUAUUCUUAUUUAUAGUGAAAGGCAAGUUGACGAGGGCUAUGUUCGGCGCGAAUGGCAUAGAACUAUGUCGUAUAAUAGAAGAGGAGCUAGGAUUGAUGCAGAGGGAGACCGAAACAGGAAUUGAACGAGCCAAGUUCGAUAUACACCAUAUGUUGCCCGAAGAAGCUCAAAAAAUGCAAGAGGACCUAAAAAUAGAAGAGGAAUGCCGUCAAGCGGUGGAACGGCUCCAAGUGCUGACGCUGGCUGCUCGCAAGAAGAGGGUCUGCGAGCGGCUGUCCAGGCACGUGAAGAGGCUCAACUUCAUCAUGUUCUGGCCGCACUGCCAUCAGGCGCAUUACGACCUGUAUGAGAAAUGGGACGUCAUCAAUAUACAAGUGGGGGCUAAGGAGACCUUCCAACUGACAGAGGAGACUGUCAAGGAAGCCCUGUACAUGAGCGACGUGGAUCCAAACGAGGCCUGCCUGCACGCACUGCUCAAGGGGGAAGUACUUGUCGUACGUUUCAAGAUGUUCGACACAGACAACCGGGAUUUUGUCAAGCUGUUGAGACAUGCUCUGUACGAAGAGAUACCAGUGCUAAAAGAGGACGUUCCACCUGAGAAACAGGUGCCUCCUAUACCGGCGUACAAGAGGUACGCUACCAUCAGCAAAACAGCUCGAGAGGUCCGCCGCGACCGGUACGAGGCCAAGAUGCAAAAGCUUCGCGAAGAGAAAGAAGAGAGAGAGCGACUUGCAGCAGAACAGGCCCGGCUAGCAAGGGAGGCAGAAGAAGAGAGAGAAAGAUUGGAGAAGCAGCGACAAGAAGAGGAACGGAUGGCAAGGAUACAGGCGGGGUUACCUGCUGAGCCUGAACCAGUAGUGACAGGAGAAGAAGUUGAAGGUGAAGAAGCAGAGCAUGUUGACACUGAAGUCGUGGAAGAAGCUGAAGAGGAACAAGAAAAGGUUGAGGAAGAAGAAGAAUUCCAUUCUGACGUAACCGUGGAGGAUGAAGAGUACAUCCCACCCGGGGGUCUAUUUGUCCCUGGACUAUAUAGCCCUCCGAACGAGCUAGCAAAAGCUAAUGGACUGUCGUUCUUUUUUCCCAAAUUGGUCCAAGAUUUGGCGCCAAUGGAGACUGAACACUUGCCUCCCCACGUGCUUGUGAUGUUCAGCGUGGACAAGCGUCACGAAGUACAGGAUGUAAUCAAUCAGUUUCCCCAAGAAAUACUCGCCACUGGAUUGUUUGUCGGCGAAGAUCCAUAUACUAUGGAGCAUGUCGCAUACAGUAUAAAACAAUACGACAAAAUGGAAAGACUAAGAAAACAUAAGGACCGUCUGGCCCUCAUGGUGUCGAGGAAACGCAGUCUCCCACUAUUACAAUUGGCGGGAUUGAAUCCCUGCUACAUCAGCAGCGACGUGGCCUCUGGAGAGAGAGACUGUCUUUCGCUCUUCCCCGUCGGAUACGGGGAUGAUUUUGAAGAAGAAGUUAGCGUUAAAGAAGAAGAGAUACAGGAAGCAGAACCAGAGCAACAAACAGAGCUUGAGCCUGAUGUGGUGGAUGACCAGAAAGAGGAUGAAGACGAAGAUGAAGAGGAGGAUUAAAUGUUUCCCUUAUCCUAACCUACUGUGUAUUUUUACUUGAUACAUUUGAUAAAUAAAGAAUCUUAGUAUGAAUAGAAUAGAAUUUUAUUGCUAACUGUGUACAUAUAGCAUUGCUUUGGACUUGACUCAGUAUCAACAGUUAUACCCUACCGGUCAUGCAACAAUUUAAGAACAGGUAAUUAGCUAGCGUAAAUUUAAAAAUAUUUAAAUACUUAAUUAAAAAUAAAUAUGAAUUAUUUCGUAAUACAAUUAGUAUAUAGCAGGUAAAAUUCAUGUAAUAGUCUUUUUUUUUUAUUUUUGAAAUGAUAAUGGAAUGGUAAAUACGCAGCUAUAUACCCAUUAGAAAUGCAAUAUGUAUUUUUUUUAAUGGGUGAAAAUGGUAUGAUAACCCCGCCUGCGCUAACGGGAUACGCUGGCGGAGCACCAGUGAAGGGUGAUAGAUGAGAAUGAGAACAGACCAGUUAGCCCAUCAUGAUGAAUUCAUCAGGAAUUAACCAUGAUAGUUUCCAGGGGGAACCGUGAGGAGGUCGACCUGGUUGGGUAUAUUGCUAGCAAUGGGAUUCUCAGUCUCCAUUACUAACAAUCCCUUUCCCCCCUGCAAUAUGUAUUAAGUUAUUGUUAAAUUAGCGUGUUUGAAAGUUCAUCGCUUUAUUGCAACACUUUUGUUUAUUUACACUAAACAAAUUGUUGCAUUAAUC